UAAAUACACAAACAAAAGGUCUCUCUUAUUUUCUCUUUCUUCGAAACAGGAAUAAGAGAGAGAGAGAGAGUUUAGACAAGAAAAGGGACCGAGAUCUAAAACCCAUUGUUGUUUUUGCCAAAACUCUGAACUGGGUCUGUCUGUCUGGGGGCCCUUUGACUGAAAAAAAAAGGGUCUUGUUCUUCUUCACAAAUCUCUCUCUUCUUUCUGUUUCAGGUUUUUUGGUGUUUUGAGCCUUUUUUUUUUGGUGGUGAACCAUGGCUGUUGAGGUUGUGGGGUUUGAGAUGAUCCAAGCACCAGUGGAGAUUGUAGCUGAAGAAGACACAGUCGCUACUGUUUUGCAUGGGAAGGAAAAUGGAAUGCUGGAUCAAGGGCCAGGGCUUGAGGAGCCCAUAAAAUUUGGUUCACAUGGAGAUGAACCAGUUAAAGUAGAAGGAAAUGAUGUCUCAGACGCCAACUUCCCUAAGGAUGCAGUUGAUGAGUGGCCUGCACCUAAGCAGAUCCAUUCAUUUUAUUUUGUUAGGUACCGUCCAUUCGAUGACCCGAAAAUAAAAGCCAAAAUUGAUCAGGCUGAUAAAGAGAUUCACAGGAAAAAUCAAGCCCGAUUUCAGAUCACUGAAGCACUAAAGGCAAAAAGGUCGGAUCGAGCAGAGUUGAUUUCUCAGGUUAGAGCUCUGAAAGAUGACAACAGGCAGUUCAAAUCGAUAUUGGAUGAGAAAAGAAAGGAGAUGGAGCCUCUGCAACAUGCUCUUGGCAAGCUGCGCAAUGCAAACAGUGCCGGUCGGGGUAGUGGUUUAUGUUCAUCUGAGGAAGAGCUUAACAAUCUAAUCCAGAGUUUGCAGUACUACAUACAACAUGAGAGCAUUCCAUUGUCUGAGGAAAAGAAGAUCCUUAAAGAAAUCAAACAGCUUGAAGGGACAAGGGAAAAAGUAAUUGCUAAUGCUGCUAUGAGAACAAAGAUUCAGGAUUCACUGGGUCAGAGAGAAGCUAUUCAAGACCAGGUUAAGCUCAUAGGUGGUGAUUUGGAUGGAGUAAGGAAGGAGAAACAAGUAAUUCAGGCCAAAAUUAAACAACUUGAUGAUGCACUAAAGGCAAUAGACGAUGAGAUUAAUUCUUUAUCAGAAGAGCUGAAAGCUGUCAUCCAGAAGAGAGACAAAGCAUAUGAAAGUAUUCAGCAACUCAGAAAACAGCGUGAUGAGGGGAACGCCUACUUUUACAAAAGCCGUGCGGUCUUGAACAAAGCACGAGAGCUUGCUGCUAUCAAAGAUAUUCCGGCUCUGGGGGAACUUUCUCAUUCAGAGGUUGAAAACUUUAUGGCCCUCUGGAGCAGUGACAAGGCUCUUAGGGAUGACUAUGAGAAAAGAAUUCUGCCAUCAUUAGAUAGUCGACAAUUGAGUAGGGAUGGACGGAUGAGGAACCCAGAUGAGAAGCCAUUGGUAGUAGUGGAAGAACCUACAUUAUCAGAAACAGAGAAAGUGGCAAAACCCAGUGUGAAACAAGUAAAGGAAGAUUCAAAACCUCCUGUACAGGGUACUUUGCCUGCCCAAAAGGCUCAGAAGGAAGCCAAAACUAAAGCAGAAGAUUCGAAAUCCACCUUGGAGCAUAUUGAAGUAGAAGACAAGGAGAUCUUUGGGUUAGAAAAGCCGCAAAAGGACUCUCCUGCGAAGGACAAUGAAGUUGAUGAAACAAAGCUGAAGGAGAUGAAAAGAGAAGAGGAAAUUGCAAAAGCUAAAGAGGCCAUGGAAAGGAAGAAGAAGAAGCAAGAGAAAGCUGCAGCAAAAGCAGCUAUAAGAGAUCAAAAGGAAGCUGAAAAGAAGCUAAAGGAGCGUGAAAAGAAAGCAAAGAAGAAGGCCUCCGCAUCUGCACCUGGUUCCGAUCCUGAAGAACCAGCAGAAGCAGGGUCAGAGGAUGCAGAACCAGAGAAGAUUGAUGAAAAUGUUGAAACCUCAGUUCCAGCAAAGGAGAAGGUUCAAAUGGAGAAGGUUAAUAAGGUGAAGAGUAUCAGAAACAGGAAUAGAUCAAAAGGCCCAGAUUCAUUUCCAAAAGUUCUCCUGAAACGGAAAAAGUCGACUAAUUACUGGUUAUGGGCUGCUCCUGCUGCUGUGUUGGUUCUGCUGUUACUAGUUCUUGGAUACACCUAUCUUCUCUAAAAAGUGAGUUAGAACUAAAUAGAAAGAGUUAUGAACCAGUUUUCCUGCUUCAGGGUGUGAGUGGCUAGGUUUGUAGUACUUAAAAUUAAGUUAUUUCUGUUCGUUACAUCCCCUAAAAGGAUGGACUCAAAAUCAUAAUGUUGUUGGUAGCUCAGUCAGAGGGAAGAAGCUACAUAUAUUUUUAGUUUGGACUGGAUAUAUUUGCAAAUUUUGACUUUUUAAAAAAAAAAAAAUUCAUAAAUGUUAUCUGUAUCCAUAAACUUGCUGAUCAA